CGCUUUCGUCGGACUCUUCAGAUCUAUGAAACGCUCCAGUGAUCAUCAUCCACCCGAAUCCCCGCAUAAAAUCCCAAAACGUGAACGCAAAACUCUAAGACGUAAUCGUGAAGACUUCGAGGCAUUAGAUAAAGAAGCCCUGAUAGAUAAAAUUGUGGCAACAACUAGCGAAUUGGAUGAGAUCAACAAAGUGAUAAACACUGCAAAACGUCGUGAAGCUUUGUGGCGACAAAAGGCUAGCGAGAAGGAAAAAGAGAUCAAAGAGCUCAUUAAGGAACGCGACAAAGCUUACUACAGUGGUAUAAGCCAUGGUCCUGCUCAACGCGAUCAGCACAUUGAUCCAUCUCUCUAUGAAGCUUUCAUCUCAAUGAAAGAUAAAUUGAUGGCAAAGGACAAAAUCAUUGCUGAGAAUCAGGAGCUUAUCAACGCAUUAUCGCAAGAUCAGCAACAGGAUAAGAUGGUCAUGCAAUUUUUGAAAGGAAGAUAUACGUUUGUGAAGCGACUUCGUGAGGAUGAAAAGACCCUGCAAGCAAUUGCCACGUUGGAAAAUAAUUUGGCGUUGGCGCAAGCUGCUCUACGUGCACUGAGACAGGAAAAGAAAGAUUAUAAGUCCGAAAUGGCUGAAAGAGAUGCAAAAAUCAGCGACUUAUGCGCAGAAUUGCAUCAUCUGCGAGGCAUGGUUUCUGAAGAGUCUGGUUCCAACAAAUCUAUGGAUGCAAAAGAAGAGGCGCCUGCCGUGGUUGAACAGCCUGCAUAUGAGAAGCCCGUAAUCGGAUUGUCUGCUUGUGCAAAUGAUGCUGAUCAUCCCGAGGAAAGCAAAGGAAUCGAAGUGGACCUGUCAGUGCUGCAUGGAGCAACCAACGAUCACGAACAAAAGUUCUCUCGCAGUUCUAGUGAAGAGCGGUGUGUAUCAGUUGAAGAUAACGGUUCACUGAAAAUCACUGUCUGAGCUAGCUAUCUCGUCUCAAGUAGCGUGUAUAACUAACCCCGUUGACAUACAUAUCAGAUCUUUAGGAGCGUAACAUUUUUUCUUUGCUUUACUUACAAAUUUCUCAUGAAUUUCUAACUGGUUCUUGUUGAUUAAUUCAAUAAAGAAGGUAUCUCACUUGAAUAUUUUUCAAAAUGAUUGACCUCAGCUUGUUGGGCACAGGUCUUUUAUUGUUUCCUCUAAUCAUGGC